AGCUGGAUUAUACAAAACUUACCUAUUUUUUCAAUUAACUUAGUUAUUUCUUUAAUACCGUAAGUGUGUGGUCCUUAUCAAAACAAAAUGCCAUGUGAAAUGAUAACAUUGCAACUUGGCCAGUGUGGUAAUCAAAUUGGCUUUGAAUUUUGGAAGAAAUUAUGUGCUGAACAUGGAAUUAAUCCGGAAGGGAUUCUUGAAGAUUAUACAACCGAGGGAGUGGACAGAAAAGAUGUAUUCUUUUACCAGGCAGAUGAUGAUCACUACAUUCCUCGAGCCGUCCUUCUUGACUUGGAACCCCGAGUGAUACACACGAUUAUGAAUUCUCCAUAUGCAAAGUUGUACAACCCAGAGAAUGUGUAUCUGUCAAAGCACGGGGGCGGAGCAGGUAACAACUGGGCAUCUGGUUACAGCCAGGGUGAGAGACUUCAUGAAGAGAUCUUUGAUAUCAUUGACCGAGAAGCCGACGGCAGCGAUAGUCUUGAGGGAUUUGUUUUAUGCCAUUCUAUUGCUGGAGGAACAGGAUCAGGAAUGGGUUCGUAUCUACUUGAGAGGCUCACCGACAGAUAUCCCAAAAAGAUAAUAGAAACAUAUAGCGUAUUUCCCAACCAAGAUGAAAUUAGUGAUGUGGUCGUGCAGCCAUACAACUCUCUGUUGACACUCAAGAGGCUGACCAAGAGUGCGGACUGUGUGGUAGUACUGGACAACACUGCACUCAACAGAAUAGCCACAGACAGACUACACAUACAGAACCCUUCCUUCACUCAGAUCAACUCUCUUGUGUCUACAAUAAUGUCUGUCAGCACUACAACUCUCAGAUACCCUUCCUACAUGAACAAUGAUCUUAUUGGAUUGAUUGGUCCUCUCAUUCCAACUCCAAGACUUCACUUUCUGAUGACAGGCUACACACCACUGGCCAACGAACACGAGGCUACUUCUAUUCGCAAGACUACAGUACUGGAUGUGAUGAGGAGACUGCUUCAGCCCAAGAACAUGAUGGUGUCAACAGCACUGGACCGAAACUCAGAUCAUUGCUACCUCUCAAUACUAAACAUCAUACAGGGAGAGUUAGACCCGACCCAGGUACACAAGUCACUUCAGAGGAUCAGAGAGCGUAAGCUGGUACAGUUUAUCCCGUGGGGUCCUGCCAGUAUACAGGUGGCUCUCUCCCGUAAAUCACCUUACGUCCCCACCACCCACAAGGUCUCCGGUCUCAUGCUUGCCAACCACACAAACAUAUCUUCCCUGUUUGAUCGAGCUCUUCAACAGUACGACAAGCUUAGGAAGAGAGAAGCCUUCUUGGAGCAAUUCCGUAAGGAAGCCAUGUUUAAGGACAACCUAGAUGAGCUGGAUCACUCCAGGGAGGUUGUACAGGAGCUGGUAGAUGAGUACUGGGCGGCUACCAAGUCUGACUAUCUCACCUGGACCAGCAGUCGUUCUAAGGGCCAAGGUGACGCAGGAGAAUGAAGAUAAAAGAAGCUUGAGUCUAGAUCCUCAACAACUACAGAUCUGCCAUCUAGGUCUAUAUUUAUUUUUGUACAUAAUUUUGUAUUGAUAUGUUUUACUAGUUAGUCUGUAAAAUAAGUUUUCACUUUUUGAUGAGUAAUGUAUAACAGAUUUUUGUAAAAUUAUUUUGUUACCACCGUUAUAAAUAUUGUUAGAUAUAUAAUCUUAAACUUAAUUUUUGAUAACUGAAAAGUCAUCGUAUAUCUUUCAUCUCCGUUAACUGUACUAUUCAACAUGUUAAUGACUAUUUAAAUAUUAAUUUUUUAAUAACUGAAAUGUUAUCUGUAUCUUUCACCUACAUUAACUGCACUAAUUAAUCGUGUCGUGUUGAUGACUAUUUGAACGUUUGUUUCGUAACCAACCAUGACAGGUUGUGCUGUUGUUAUUCCUCAAAUGUAGAGAUAUAAAAAGUGCCAUCUGUAGUAUUCUAAAAAAAUGAUGUCUUCCUUUUAUAUGUUAAACAAUUUCUUGACGACAAACCUUUUCCAACAUGGAAUCAAGAAAAUAUCUCAAGUAAUUAUUUUAUAUUCUUGAGUGUGGCAGAUUGCGUGAAAAUAUAAUAAUAAUAUCUAUGGUUCUUACCGUCAACGCAAUCAGGGGUAAUAUUCCACUACGACCGUUUCGGAGAUGACUCCAUCGUCAGGUGCGUAGUGGUACACUAAACUAUAGUCUUGUCACAUUUAACACGAAUUGUCUUCAUUUGCAUUGCGUCAAGGGUUGAAUAAAUAAUACACAUAUAAGCACAGGACGGACACACGAAAACACGAAUACGCGAAAACAUUUAGAGCGUGUGCACGGCUUGAAAACUGACGACCGACUGUUCAAUCCUGGUCACUGCAGGAGUUACAUGGAUGACUGGUAAGAACGUGCGUUGACGGUAAGAACCAUAGAUGUUAUUAUUAUAAUAAUUUUAUUUACAUUUUGUCUAAAACAUUGUUGUUUGUUACAUGUCUAAAACUGUGGAAUAAGACAUCACAAUUUUUGAUUGAAAAAUAAUUUCUUGUAAAAUGUUUUAGCUAUACUUUUAUUAGGUAAGGUAUAAAACUUAUUUUUUUUAACAUUCCGUUUUGCACGUGUUGUUUUUCUAACAAAAAUCACAAUUUUAUUACUUACCUUUUAAUUAAUUGUUAUGCUUUAUUUUCAUUUUUAACAGCUUUAUUGUUUCUCAUAAACAAGUAAAGAGUGACAUGAAUUCAUGGAACAUAGAGUCUCAAUAAACAUAGUAUUUUACCUGACUAGUACACAUAUUAACAGGAAGUAGAAUUUGAGGUUUUAACUCAAUCCAAUGAAUUGGCAUUAUAAUUUUUUUUUUAUAAUCUUGUUAUUUAUGUGGUAAUACAGUGUUAUAUGAGCUAUAACUAUCUACUAAUAAAUGUUUCAACUUUUAAAUACA